UUCAAGCUCGGCGCGCGAGCGGAGUUUCAGCCCCACAGGCGGAGUAUCUGUCGCCUCUCCUUUCCGUCAUGUUCCCGGCCGUCUCCUCUCCGCGGACACCGGGGCCCGGGACUCGAAGGGGCCCGCUGGCCGGAGUCGGGCCGGGCUCCACGCCCCGGGCGACAAGCAGGAAAGGUCUAUCCCUGGGGUCUGCAGUCAGCUCCCCGGCGCUCUUUUCGCCGGUCGGCCGGCGUAGCUCGCUGAGCUCGCGAGGAACACCUACACGAAUACUGCCACACCACUGUGUAACUGAGUCUAUGAACUAUGAUGUGAAAACAUUUGGAUCUUCUCUCCCUGUUAAAGUAAUGGAAGCCCUAACAUUGGCUGAAGUUGAUGAUCAGCUGACUGUUCACAUAGAUGAAGGUGGAUGGGCUUGUCUGGUCUGCAAAGAGAAACUCAUUAUUUGGAAGAUUGCUCUGUCACCUAUUACUAAGUUAUCUGUUUGCAAAGAGCUUCAGCUGCCACCAAGUGACUUCCACUGGAGUGCUGACUUGGUGGCUCUCUCUUAUUCUGCUACCUCAGGUGAAGCACAUUCUACUCAGGCUGUGGCUGUCAUGGUUGCCACCAGAGAAGGAUCCAUCCGCUAUUGGCCAAGCCUUGCCAGUGAAGACAUCUACACAGAGACCUUCGUGGAUUUAGGAGGUGAUAAGACUUACAGUUUCCUAACAGCAGUGCAGGGAGAAAGUUUUAUUUUGUCCUCAUCGGGAAGCCAGCUGAUUCGACUGAUACCUGAAAGUUUAGGAAAGAUUCAUCAACAUAUCCUGCCUCAAGGACAAGGCAUGCUUUCAGGAAUUGGUCGGAAGGUUUCUUCUCUUUUGGGAAUUUUAUCUCCAAGUACUGAUCUCAUCCUUUCAAGUGUCCUUUGGGAUAGAGACAGAGCAAGUUUUUAUAGCCUGACAAGUUCAAACAUCAGUAAAUGGGAAUUAGAUGAUUCUUCAGAAAAACAAGCACAUAGUUGGGAUAUAAACAGAGCUCUGAAGGAAAACAUUACUGAUGCUAUUUGGGGAUCCGAGAGUAACUACGAAGCUAUUAAAGAAGGGGUCAACAUUCGGUAUUUGGAUUUGAAGCAGAACUGUGAUGGGCUCCUGAUUUUGGCAGCUGCAUGGCACCCAGCGGACAAUCCAUGUCUCAUCUAUUACUCUCUGAUAACAGUAGAAGAUAAUGGCCACCAAAUGUCUGAUGUAGUAACUGUAGAAGUCACUCAGUAUAAUCCACCUUUUCAGUCUGAAGACUUGAUUAUGUGUCGGCUGAUGGUCCCAAACUUUUCAAACCAGACUGCUUAUCUGUAUACUGAGAGUGCCGUCUAUGUGUGCUCCACUGGAACUGGGAAGUUUUCUCUUCCUCGGGAGAAAAUUGUCUUUAAUACACAAGGAGAUAGUAUUUUAGGAGCUGGUUCCUGUGGUGGUCUUCCUAUUCUUUUUUCCAGAAACAGUGGGUUGGUGUCUAUUACAUCAAGGGAAAAUGCAUCCAUAUUAGCAGAAGACCUUGAAGAAUCCCUAGCAUCUUCAGUUGCUGGACCCAGCAAUGAGAGUAUGGUUUUUGAGGCUUCUACAAAGAAUGAAACCAUAGCCCAGGAAGAUAAAACUAAAGUGUUAAAAGCUGCUUUUCUGCAAUACUGCAGAAAAGAUCUAAGUCAUGCUCAAAUGAUGGUUGAUGAGCUCUUUUCCUCCCACUCUGACUUGGAUUCCGACUGUGAACUAGACAGAGCUGUUACCCAAAUCAGUGUGGACCUGGUGGAUGACUACCCGGCCUCAGACCCACGAUGGGCUGAGUCUGUCCCUGAGGAAGCACCUGGGUUUAGCAAUACAUCGCUGAUUAUUCUUCACCAGCUAGAAGACAAAAUGAAAGCCCAUUCUUUCCUUAUGGACUUUAUUCACCAAGUUGGCUUAUUUGGACGUCUUGGCACUUUUGCAGUUCGAGGGAUGCCCAUGGCAACUCGCCUGUUGCUCUGUGAGCAUGCCGAAAAGUUAUCAGCCGCCAUCGUUCUCAAGAACUACCACUCGAGGCUCUCUGAGCUCGUGAACACAGCAAUAAUGAUUGCUUUAAAUAAGAGGGACUGCGAAAUCCCAUCCAACCUGACCCCCGCAGACGUCUUUUUUAGAGAAGUGUCGCAGGUAGACACCAUUUGCGAGUGUUUACUGGAGCACGAGGAGCAGGUCUUAAAGGAAACAUCUUUGGAAUCUGUUGAAUGGGCUGAAGUGGUGAUCAAUGUGAACAGUAUUCUCAAGGACAUGCUACAAGCUGCCUGUCAUUAUCGACAGAAUAGAAACUCCUUAUAUAGAAAAGAGCCAGUAGAACAAGAACCUGAGUAUGUUCCUUGGACAGCAACGAGUGGUCCUGGGGGCAUCCGAACAGUAAUCGUGCGCCAGCAUGGGAUUGUCCUGAAAGUGGUAUAUCCUCAGGCAGACAGCAACCUCCGAAACAUUCUGACAGAGCAGCUGGUAGCACUGAUUGAUUGCUUCCUGGAUGGUUACGUUUCCCAGCUUAAGUCUCUGGACAAAUCUGGUGAUCAAGAAAGAUACAGCAGUCUGGAAAUGGAAUACCUACAGAAAAGAUCAGAUCUCCUAUCUCCACUUCUCACACUAGGCCAAUACCCGUGGGCUGCUUCAUUAGCAGAAAAGUACUGUGACUUUGAUAUCUUAGUGCAAAUGUGUGAGCAGACUGACAACCAGACCAGACUCCAGCGCUACAUGACCCAGUUUGCUGAUCAGAAUUUUUCAGACUUUCUCUUCCGUUGGUAUCUGGAGAAAGGAAAGCGAGGCAAAUUAUUAUCUCAACCCAUUUCUCAGCAUGGAGAGUUGGCAAAUUUUUUGCAAGCUCAUGAACAUCUCAGCUGGUUACAUGAAAUUAACAGCCAAGAAUUAGAAAAGGCUCAUGCAACACUUCUGGGUCUGGCAAACAUGGAAACACAUUACUUUGCAAAGAAAAAAACCCUUCUUGGCUUGAGUAAAUUGGCUGCGUUGGCUUCAGACUUUUCAGAGGAUGUACUGCAAGAAAAAAUUGAAGAAAUGGCUGAGCAGGAGCGCUUUCUGCUGCACCAGGAGACCCUGCCGGAGCAACUGCUGGCAGAGAAAGAGCUGAGUCUCAGUGCGAUGCCGGUGCUGACUGCACCACAGCUCAUCAGCCUAUAUAUCUGUGAAGAAAACAGAAGAGCUAAUGAAUAUGAUUUCAAGAAAGCUUUGGACUUGCUGGAAUAUAUCGAUGAGGAGGAAGAUGUAAAUAUAAAUGAUCUAAAACUGGAAAUCCUUUGCAAAGCUCUUCAGAGAGAUAACUGGUCCAGUUCAGAUGGUAAGGAUGAUCCAAUUGAAGUAUCUAAAGGCAGUAUAUUUGUGAAAAUCUUACAGAAGCUUUUAAAAGAUGGCAUUCAGCUCCGUGAAUACCUGCCAGAGGUGAAAGAGCUCCUACAGGCAGACCAGCUUGGGAGCCUCAAGUCUAAUCCUUACUUUGAGUUUGUUUUGAAAGCAAACUAUGAAUAUUAUGUCCGCGGACAAGUGUAACUUCUUCUGAAAAUGGUCACUGCUGCUAAAAAUUUGUACAGGCUCGUCCUUAGAAAAAUCUUAGACCUUAAAUAUCUAAAAGUUUGUACAGUUUUAUAACAUGAAUUACUGAAUUUUUGGUACUUUAUUUGGAAA